AUGGCUCAACCACCUUCUAGCAUAACGCAAAAACCCCCAUCCAGUCCAGGAUCGAGAGGUACCGAACAACAAUUCGACAGAAAGGCUGCGCACCAAGUCCCUUCCGCCACUUCCACAGAGAGCAUCGAUGAACCUGCCGUUACGGAAUAUCCCGAAGGCGGCUGCGAAGGCUGGAAAGUGGUACUCGGGAGCUGGCUGGCCUUGUUUGGAUCUAUGUCUUUUAUGAAUAGCAUUGGAACAUUCCAGACCUACCUCCUGCGGAAUCAGCUCAGCGACCACAGUCCCGAAGCCGUGGGUUGGAUCUUCGGUGUCUACAAUGGUUUGACGUUCCUCCUCGGUAUUCAGGCCGGGCCCAUCUUUGAUGCCAAGGGUCCCCGUGGGCUGAUCUGCUGCGGAGGGGUUCUGACAAGUCUGUACCUCAUGUUGCUGGGAUUUUGUACAGAGUACUGGCAUUUCAUGCUUGUAUAUGGUGUCUUGGGUGGCACUAGUCUGUCGCUCAUAUUUGGCCCAGCUAUUGCCAUUGUUGCUCACUACUUCAACGCCAGACGUGGACUCGCCACCGGAAUUGCAUCGUCUGGGGGCGCUUUUGGUGGUGUUGUCUUUCCUUUGAUGCUCCAGAGGCUGUUUGAUACAGUUGGGUUUGCUUGGGCAACCCGGAUUGCGGGUUUUGUGUGUAUUUUCACCUUCGUGCUUGCCGGAAUCCUCGUUCGUCCUCGAUUCCCUACAAAGCGGUUGGCUCUGUCGACGGUGCGCCCUGAUCUAUCCAUCUUUCGACAAGGCGGCUUGGCCUUGACAAGUUUUGGCGUCUUCUUCCUUGAGUGGGGUCUGUUCAUUCCUUUUACCUAUCUGACAUCUUAUGCGCUUGAUCACGGGAGCUCGGCAGGCUUUUCUUACAUGCUUCUAUCAUUGAUCAAUGCCGCUGGCAUGUUUGGUCGAUGGGUUCCGGGGUUCUACGCCGAUCGGCUAGGAAGAUUCAACAUGCUCAUCCUCACUGUUUUUGGCUGUUUCCUCAGUAUAUUGUGCCUAUGGCUUCCGACCAACUCAAGCGAGCCACUUAUGGUUCUCUUUGCCUUGGUUUUUGGCUUCUUCAGUGGUAGCAAUGUCAGCCUAGCUCCGGUAUGCGUCGGCCAGCUAUGCAAAGUCGAGUCUUUCGGUCGAUAUUACUCUACGGCAUACAUACUCGUCAGCAUAAGUAUGCUCACUGGUACCGUCUUGGGUGGCAAAUUCAUAAAGAUUUGUAACGGUGAGUAUCACGGUGUGAUAGCGUUCGCGGCUGCAAGCUAUCUGGCGAGCUUCAUUUGUCUCGUUAUGGUGAAAAUAUUUUGCUGCGGGAAAAGUAAGAUCUGGUCAAAGUUUUAG